UCCUACGUUUUGUAGCGUCUUAAAUAGUAACGUGGCUCUCAGUAUGUACAUUUUACCUUUUUUAUUGGAUCAUAUUUUUUUGUCACUGAAACUGCGAUAAUUUAGCACGUGCAUAUAUUGCAGUCCUCUCACAGAUUGUUUUCAAAUUACAGUAAACGGUCCUAGACCUGAUUCCAUCGGCUUGACCAGUUAAAGAACUGGUUACAGACAGAUGCAAACCAUACGUGUACCUCUCUGCAGUUGUGAUGGCAGAGGAGCGGAUGAGAGAGCCAGCUGGUUUGGAUGAACUGCCAGCAAUGUACAGCAUUUUGAAGGGAGAGGUAGUUUCGGUGACAACUUAUGCUGCUUUUGUUAAGAUUCCAGGAUACAAAAAACAAGGUCUGGUUCAUAAGAGUGAGAUGUCGUCCUGUCGGGUGGAGAACCCAGCUGAAAUUGUUGAUGUAGGGGAACAAGUGUGGAUAAAAGUCAUUGGCAGAGAGAUGAAAGAUGAUAAAGUAAAACUGUCAUUCUCUAUGAAAUCUGUCAAUCAAGGCACUGGGCGGGACCUAGACCCCAACAAUGUUAUAGCAGAACAGGACGAACGUCGCCGGAGACAGUUUGUGCUUAACACCACAUGCAAAAAGUGUGGCUGCAGAGGUCACUUUGCAAAAGACUGCUUCUCCCAGCCUGGACUGCAGUACAGUUUAGUGCCAGAAGAAGAGGAGGAGGAGCCGCCAAAGACCAGUCAGCAAACCCAAUCAGAGCCCCAGAAACGUAAAAAGGAAAAGAAGGCUAAGAAAGACAAGAAGAAAAAGAAAGAGAAAAAAAGAGACCGCUCUUCAUCCGAUAGCAACGAUGAAGUUGCCAAACGGCCACAGCAUUCACACACACAUUCAGAAAAGAAGAAAAAACACAAGAAACAUAAGACAAAGUGAUUCUUUUGGUUUGCAAAAUAGUUGCAAUAUGAAAGUACAAGCUUGUGCAAGAAAAGUUUUUUUUUGCAUGUAUAUCAAGAUUAAAUGUAUCUGAUCGAUUUUGGAAUGUAUUUUUUGUUAAUGAUUAAAAGUUUGACCAUUAAAAA